AUGGGAGAGACCCCAUUUUUCAUUACUUCCAGCCAGUUUAGCCAAAAAUCGCAUUGUCUGAAAAGAGUGAGCAUUUGUGUUAUCCGAGCCAAAUGGGGGGAACGUUUACUACUGUUUGGAGAGCGUGAGAAACGAAUGAACUCACUGCCGACAGUUUUAUUAAUUAUUAUUCUCCUCCUGGGCUUGGAUGCUGCCGGAAAAACAACUCUUCUCUACAGGCUGAAGCUGAAUGAAGAAACUUUCACCAUCCCCACUGUGGGUUUUAAUGUGGAGACAGUUCAGUCUUUCAGCAAUGUGACUUUCACCAUGUGGGAUGUUGGUGGACAAGAGCGCAUCCGGGCUCUAUGGAAGCACUACCAUACUAAUACAGAUGGGCUGAUUUUCAUGGUGGACAGUAUGGACUAUUAUCGUUUUGAAGAAGCCAGGAUGGAGUUGGAGUCAUUACUGGAGGCUGAUGAUUUGCGAGGGGUGCCUUUGAUGCUGCUAGCCAACAAACAAGAUUUGCCUGAAGCACGACCUUCCAUGGAAGUUGCAGAAAGGAUGGGAGUGAGGAAAAUAUCUGGACGCAAAUGGCGUAUUCAGGGUUGCUCUGCUGUAAGUGGUGUGGGGAUCCCUGAAGCUAUGGAAAAACUAUCUGAGAUGGUCAAGGCAUAUCGCAAAACUAAGAGGUCCUUCUGAGUUCAACAUAUGAAGAACACAAGGCUUUCUCAACUUCUUUCUAUGUGCAGCAGAGACUUGAAAAAAACCUCUUGAAUCCCAUUUACUCCUGAUUCUUUUCAUGGACCGUAUGAAAAAACAUUCUUGAACAUUGAGACUGCUCUUUGAAUACAGAGUACUCUGUUGGACUAAAUACCAAUUGGACUUUUAAAAAAUGCAGUUUGCCAUCUUCAUCCUCAUACUGAACCAAGUUGAGAAUUCCAAGACUUGAAUAAUUGAGACUUUAGUAUCAACAUUGGAGAUUUUUAAAAGAGAACAAGCUUAUUCUGAAUCACUAACGUGUUAAUUCUUCUGCUGUGUUGAGAUAAUUCUAGUUGUAUUAAGAAUGUUGAUGCCUUGCUUCAUACCAUAUAAAAAUUUAUGUAACAAUAAAUAGAUUGCAUGUUAAAA